ACCACUGCCCGGAGCCCGUGCGGUGCGGGCCUGUUAACGGCUCCCCUGCUAGCGGGGCCGCAGGGCGGGCUCCCGGACAAGGUAAAAAUGAUGCAAAAUGUCCACCUGGCACCUAAAGCAGAUGAAGAUGAUCUUUAUUCUGGCUACAAUGACUAUAACCCCACCUUUGACACAGAGGAUUUAGAAAAUGACACAGCUUUUCAGCAGGCUGUGAGAACUAGUCAUGGUAGAAGACCCCCAAUAACAGCCAAAAUUCCAGGCACAUCAGCUUCACGACCUUUAGCUACUGGGUUUGGGUCAAAGACCGCAUUAUCGUCAUCAAUGGGAAGACCAAUGACAGGAGCUAUACAGGAUGGAGUUGCUCGACCUCUGACAGCAGUUCAUGCAGCAGGUUACACUAAAGCAGCUUUGAGAGGUUCUGUAUUUGAUCCCCUUGGUCAAGCAAGAGGUCCUGCUCCUCCUUUAGAAAUGAAAAAUGAAGAUACUCCAGAAGAAAAGAUUAGACAGUUAGAAAAAAAAGUGAAUGAGUUGGUUGAAGAAAGCUGCAUUGCCAACAGCUGUGGAGACUUAAAAUUGGCUCUGGAAAAGGCAAAAGAUGCUGGAAGAAAGGAAAGAGUGUUGGUGAGGCAACGUGAACAAAUUGCAUCUCCAGAAAACAUCAACUUAGAUCUCACUUACUCAGUUCUUUUCAACUUGGCCAGCCAAUAUUCUGCUAAUGAAAUGUAUGCUGAAGCACUAAAUACAUAUCAAGUCAUAGUGAAAAAUAAGAUGUUCAGCAACGGAGGCAGACUGAAGGUGAAUAUGGCAAACAUUUAUUUAAAACAACGAAACUAUUCAAAAGCUAUCAAAUUCUACCGCAUGGCUCUAGAUCAGAUUCCAAAUGUCCAUAAAGAAAUGAGGAUUAAAAUAAUGCAGAACAUUGGAGUUGCAUUUAUUAAAACUGGCCAGUACACUGAUGGCAUUAGUUCCUUUGAACACAUAAUGAGCACAUCUCCAAACCUGAAAGCAGGCUUCAACCUGAUCCUUUGUUAUUUUGCCAUUGGAGACCGUGAACAAAUGAAAAAAGCUUUCCAAAAACUGAUCACUGUUCCACUGGAAAUUGAUUAUGAUGACAAAUAUAUUUCACCAAAUGAUGAUCCACAUACUAACCUAUUGAUUGAAGCCAUUAAAAAUGAUCAAUUACGGCAAAUGGAACGUGAAAGGAAAGGCAUGGCAGAAAAAUAUAUCAUGACAGCUGCAAAAUUGAUUGCACCAGCGAUUGAAACCUCCUUUGCCAUAGGCUAUGACUGGUGUGUUGAAGUAGUAAAAGCUUCCCACUAUGUAGAGUUAGCCAAUGACCUGGAAAUAAAUAAAGCAAUUACAUAUUUGAGGCAAAAGGACUUCUAUCAGGCUGUGGAGACUUUAAAAAUGUUUGAAAAAAAGGAUAGCAGAGUAAAAAGUGCAGCUGCAACAAACCUUUCAUUUCUUUAUUAUUUGGAGAAUGAAUUAGCACAAGCAGCCAACUAUGCAGAUUUAGCUGUGAAUUCUGAUAGAUACAACCCAUCAGCUCUCACUAAUAAAGGAAAUACUGUGUUUGCAAAUGGAGACUAUGAAAAAGCAGCAGAGUUUUAUAAGGAAGCUCUAAGGAAUGAUUCCUCAUGCACUGAAGCACUUUACAAUAUAGGUUUAACAUAUAAAAAGUUAAACAGAAUAGACGAGGCUUUGGAUUGUUUUCUGAAACUUCAGGCAAUCCUUCGAAACAGUGCCCAAGUUCUCUACCAAAUAGCAAGCUUGUAUCUUUUGCUGGUAAGGAUUGAUGGAAAAUGUGAAACUCAUCUCAGAAGUAAAAUAAAGAUGUUGUUUAUCACUAAAAUUAUGUUUCUUUCACCUUCCUUAUUUUGUCAGUCAUAUCGGUAUUUCCCUUCGAACAUUGAGGUCAUUGAAUGGCUUGGAGCCUAUUACAUUGAUACCCAGUUUUGUGAAAAAGCCAUUCAGUACUUUGAGAGAGCAGCGCUUAUUCAACCAACACAAGUGAAAUGGCAAUUGAUGGUUGCUAGUUGUUACAGAAGAAGUGGUAACUACCAAAAAGCUCUAGAUACAUAUAAGGAGAUACACAGAAAAUUUCCAGAGAAUGUUGAAUGUCUACGGUUCUUAGUUCGUCUCUGCACAGAUAUGGGGCUGAAAGAAGUUCAAGAAUAUGUGACAAAGCUCAAGAGAGUGGAAAAACUAAAAGAAAUAAGGGAACAGCGUGUUAAAUCUGGCAGAGAUGGCAGUGCACGUAGCCGCAGAGAAGGGAGUGGUAGUGGGGAUAGUGGCGGUAGUGCUAAGGGGGAACGACUAAGUGCCAAGCUAAGGGCUUUGCCUGGAACAAAUGAGCCUUAUGAAAGCAGCGGUAAUAAAGAAAUAGAUGCUUCCUAUGUAGAUCCACUUGGACCACAAACAGAGAGACCAAAAACUGCAGCAAGAAAAAGAAUGGAUGAAGAUGAGUUUGCUGAUGAAGAAUUAGGAGAGGAUUUGCUUCCAGAAUAAUGUGCAGUACAGGAUAAACUUUGUGUUUUGAAAGUUUUAGCAGAAAAAUAUUCAGAAAUGAUAAUUUUGUAUUAGAAUUUGAUAAAAUGUUUGAGAAAAAUUUAUGUUGUAUUUAUGGUAAUGUAUAUAUUAAAUUGUGAAUUUGGAGUCAAGAAUUUAUAUUAUAAUCAAUAAAAACAGUAAA